AUGACGGAGGCAGUCUUCAAUAAGGAACGUCACAUCAAAUACUACCUCCGCUGUCUCAAGACAUUCCUCCCCCACCAAUACACCUCCAAUGACUCCAAUCGCAUGCUCCUCGCUUUCUUCACGAUCUCCGGACUGGACAUUCUCGGCGCGCUCGACAGCAAAAUCACCGCCGAAGAACGAAAAGGUUACAUAGACUGGCUCUAUCACUGCCAGGUUCCAUCGGGGGGUUUCCGCGGGUUCACGGGGACAGAUUUUGGGAUUGACAAGCGCACUCCGGAGAACGAAGCUUGGGACCCGGCGAAUGUCCCGGCCACAUUCUUUGCGCUGGUAUUGCUGCUCAUACUGGGCGAUGACCUGUCGAGGGUGAAGCGGGUCGAAUGUCUUCAAUGGUUGCCCAAACUUCAACGUGAGGAUGGCAGUUUCGGAGAAGUGCUCGGCCCCGGGGGGGAGAUCAAGGGUGGGCGCGACUUGCGGUUCUGCUGCUGCGCAGCUGGGACGCGAUAUAUUCUUCGAGGGAGGAGCGGGAGAGACCUUGAGGGUACAUAUGACGGGGGAAUGUCGGAAGCGCCCUUUUGUGAAUCCCACUCUGGCCUGACCUAUUGUGCCAUUGGCGCUCUAACCUUCCUUUGCCGUCUUUCAAAAGAGCAGAGACACACGGCGCUCCUUUCUCCCGGGAGCCGGGAAUUCGAACAUUUGCUCAAAUGGCUCGUCUCCAGACAGACGUCUGAUUUGGGUGAAGAGGAGUCGGACGAGGAAGAUGAUGGCUCACCUGACCAGAGUGAUAGUUUACAUCGAGAUACAAGCAACCUCGCUCUCGAUGAGAAGAUUGCCGUGCUUCCUAAUCUACCCCCGCCAACAGAGGAAUCUCUGCUUUGGGCAGGUUUCAAUGGGCGAUGCAACAAAUAUGCGGAUACAUGUUACUCGCUUUGGAACGCAGGUACGCUCGUAAUGAUGGACCGACUAUCUCUUAUCGACCAGCAGCGCAACCGGCGAUAUCUGCUCGAGAAGACACAGCACAUUAUCGGCGGGUUUGGGAAAGGCAUUGAAAGGGUUUGUUCUAACGGUCAACGCAAGAUCUUCUACACUCGUUUGCUGGGCUGGUAUCUCUGGCAUUUCAAGGAGAAGAGGGCUUGA